AUGCGGAAAACAAGCCGUAUAAAUCCAAUGUGACGUUUCGCGAAUCGAAGGUCUCAGCCCUGGACCAGACAGGCGCGCGGUACAAUGACAAGUGUUGGCCAAGAAAGAGGCGUUGUUGGAAUUGGAUCGGUGUUGCCGAUGCAGCUGGUGUUGAACGGAAUGCGUGAUGUAGCGGGCGAUUGGCUUUCCCGACAAAUACCCUUCAGUUGGUGCGGUAGAAUGCAAGAAGAAUCGGAUCGCCUUUUGGUGUGGAAGACAGGACUGGAUUGAGGAUGAUGACAAAAC